CAAUGGAUAAAAACGAGGCGGAAGGAGCCCGAAUCCACCACUGAAGAACACUAAACAAUAUCAAUGACUUCCUCGCUCAUGUUUCGUCGCUUUUCCUGUUUUCACUCUCCAUCUUCUCCUUCUUCAGUUUUCUCCAAGAAGAAGCCCCUCGUUUUCCUGGGUUCUCCUCAGGUCUCAACCGUAGUUCUUGAUGCUCUUCUUAAUGCAUCUUCUCUCGCAGAUGCAGCUUUUGAGAUUGCAGCUAUUGUUACUCAACCACCUUCUAGAAGGGAUAGGGGGAGAAAGCUGAUGCCUUCUCCAGUUGCACAAUAUGCCCUUGAUAAAGGCUUCUCUUCUGACCUUAUUCUUACGCCUGAAAAAGCUGGAGAGGACAUGUUCUUGAGCACCUUGAAGGUUUUGGAACCUGAACUAUGUAUUACAGCAGCAUAUGGAAAUAUCUUACCGACCAAAUUUCUCAACAUUCCAGCAUUGGGGACGGUCAAUAUUCACCCAAGUCUAUUGCCAUUAUAUCGCGGUGCUGCCCCUGUUCAGAGGGCAUUGCAGGAUGGUGUUAAGGAGACUGGCGUAUCACUAGCAUUCACAGUUCGUGCAUUGGAUGCUGGACCCAUCAUUGCUUCUGAAAAAUUUGAAGUCAAUGAGCAUAUCAAGGCACCCGAUUUACUUGCAUUGCUAUUUUUAGAAGGCUCUAAACUCUUGAUUCGGGAACUUCCUUCUAUACUUGAUGGAUCUGCCGAAAAGAAGGCGCAGCCUCAAGAUGAAUCUAAAGCUACCAAAGCUCCAAAGAUUGCUCCCGAUGAGGCAUGGCUAUCAUUUGAUCAAGAGGCAUAUGUCCUACACAACAAGGUUCGUGCAUUUGCAGGAUGGCCUGGAACACGAGCUAAGAUUGUUGUUGUUGAUGAGAAAAGUGGUCAUGACGAUAUCCUAGAAUUUAAAAUCAUUACUACAAGGCUAAACGUCAAUUGUAGUAGUCAGGAGACUCAAGCAGACGAGAUCCGCUUUGUCAAGGACGCUUUGGUGUUCCCAUGUGGAGGGCACACGUCACUUGAGGUAUUGGAAGUUCAAUUACCUGGAAAGAAGGUCAUUAGCGCAAGCGCCUUUUGGAAUGGCAUGCAAGGUAAAAAGUUGAAGAAAUUUGAUGCAAGCAAACAUUUCUUGCGCGUGUUGUCAUGAUAUUUAGAUGUUGAGUCUAGGUGAAGGGAUUUGUUCAUCCAUUGCACAUGUUGUGGUAUUUAGAUGUAAUCCGAUGCAAUUUUCUGCAUCAUACAUAGAAUUAUUUUGUUUUCUCAUUUGUUAACAUUUUCAGAAUGUUGAUUGAUCUAAAAGUGAUCUCUUUUGAGUUAUUUCUCUCUUUUAAAAUAGAAUACGAAAAUAUCGAACUUUCCGUA